AUGUCUACUGCUGCUGAAGACGUCCCUAUCGAGGUUUCCAAAGUUUUCGACACAAUUCUUGUGUUGGACUUUGGCUCGCAAUACUCCCACUUGAUCACCAGAAGAUUGAGAGAAUUCAAUGUCUACGCUGAGAUGCUCCCAUGCACCCAGAAAAUUGCCGACUUGUCUUGGACCCCUAAGGGUAUCAUCUUGUCCGGUGGACCUUACUCCGUGUACGCCGAGGAUGCCCCUCACGUGGACCACGACAUCUUCAAGUUGAAUGUUCCUAUCUUGGGUAUCUGUUAUGGUAUGCAAGAGUUGGCUUGGAUCAACGGUAAGGGUGUCGGUCGUGGUGACAAGAGAGAGUACGGUCCUGCUACUUUGAACGUCGAGGACAAGUUAUGUCCUCUUUUCAACGGCGUGGACCACUCGCAGGUGUGGAUGUCUCACGGAGACAAGUUGCACGCCUUGCCAACUGGAUUCAAGACCGUGGCCACCUCAGAGAACUCUCCAUUCUGUGCCAUUGCUCACGAGAAGGACCCAAUUUACGGUAUCCAGUUCCACCCAGAGGUGACCCACUCCGUUAACGGUAAGACCUUGUUGAAGAACUUCGCCGUGGACAUCUGUAAGGCUAACACCAACUGGUCCAUGGAGAACUUCGUCGACACUGAGAUUGCCAGAAUCAAGAAGUUGGUUGGUCCAACUGCUGAGGUCAUUGGUGCCGUUUCCGGUGGUGUUGACUCCACCGUCGGUGCCAAGAUCAUGCAAGAGGCUAUUGGUGACCGUUUCCACGCUAUCUACGUUGACAACGGUGUUAUGAGAAAGAACGAGACCGAGACUGUCUACAAGACCUUGACUGAGGGUUUGGGUAUCAACUUGACCGUUGUGGACGCCUCCGAGUUGUUCUUGGGCAGAUUGAAGGGUAUCACUGACCCAGAGAAGAAGAGAAAGAUCAUUGGUAACACUUUCAUCCACGUCUUCGAGGAUGAGGCUGCCAAGAUCAAGCCUGCUUCUGGUCAAGAGAUCGAGUACUUGUUGCAGGGUACUUUGUACCCAGAUGUGAUCGAGUCCAUCUCUUUCAAGGGUCCAUCUCAGACCAUCAAGACCCACCACAACGUUGGUGGUUUGUUGGACAACAUGAAGUUGAAGUUGAUUGAGCCUUUGAGAGAGUUGUUCAAGGACGAGGUUCGUCACUUGGGUGAGCUUUUGGGCGUUCCAACUGACUUGGUGUGGAGACACCCAUUCCCAGGACCAGGUUUGGCCAUUAGAGUUUUGGGUGAGGUCACCAAGGAGCAGGUUAAGAUUGCCAGAGAGGCUGAUGCCAUCUUUAUUGAGGAAAUCAAGAAGGCUGGUUUGUACAGACAGAUUUCCCAGGCUUUCGCUGCUUUGUUGCCUGUUAAGUCUGUGGGUGUUAUGGGAGACCAGAGAACCUACGAGCAGGUGAUUGCUUUGAGAGCCAUUGAGACUGUGGACUUCAUGACUGCUGACUGGUUUGUUUUUGAGGCUGCUUUCUUGAAGAAGGUUGCUUCGAGAAUUGUCAACGAGGUGGACGGUGUUGCCCGUGUCACCUACGACAUUACCUCCAAGCCUCCAGCCACUGUUGAGUGGGAAUAA